AUGCGCAUCGAAGAGAUCAGCGACGAGGUCGCAGAGCGCCUCAGGCUCGAACAGUCACAAUCUCAGGCACAACCCGAAGCACCCUCACCACAACCAUCACAAGCAUCCCAACCGCCUACAAGCUCAAAACCAGCAGCGGCAGCACCGCCAUCAACAACAACAACAACAACAACAACAACAACACAAAAUGCUCCCACAACAGCAACAGCACCAGCCGCCGUCUUCCCCGAGCUGUCGCCGGGCCGGGCCAUGAUGGCGGAGAAGAAGACGGUAGACGAGGUGGUAGCGGACCUGAAGAAGACGCCCUUCUUCAUGACAGAAUUAGAGGAGAACGACGAGACCGAGGCGUUUAAAGCGCUCGCGUACGAGGGCACGCCGCUCGAGAACGCCGUCGAGUUCAAGGAGCGCGGCAACGAGUGUUUUGUAGCCAAACGCUGGGCCGACGCCAAGGAGUUCUACACCAAGGGCGUGCUGAUCCUGGCCGCCGAGGAGCGCGCGCGCAAGCAGGACCGCGAGCUUGCCUCUGCUGCGAAGAAAGCUGACCCUGCUACGAAGCUGUCCAAGGAGGAGGCGGAGGAGGUCGACAAACAACGCGCUGUGUUGGAGUCGCUGUAUGUGAACAGAGCGGCCUGCCACCUCGAGCUCCGCAACCACCGCUCGUGCUGGCUCGACGGCGCCGCGGCCCUGCGCCUCAACGACUGCAACCUAAAGGCGUACUACCGCAGCGCGCGGGCCUUCCUGGCCGCGGGCCGCGUGGCCGACGCCGACGAGGCGUGUGCGGCGGGUCUAUCUAUCUCCCCCGACAACGCGUCCCUGAAAGCCGUCGCGCGGGACAUCAUCAAAAAGAACGAGGAGGUCCUCGCGAAGCAAAGGAAGGAAGACGAGCGCCUGGCGCGCGAGCGGCGAAGGGUUACGUUGUUGAGGGCCGCCCUAAGCGCGCGCGAGAUCCGCACCAGGCGCACGGAGCAGGCGCCCGAGAUGGAGGACGCAGAGAUAAAACUCGUGCCCGACGGCGACGACCCGCGCAGCGCGCUCGCGUUCCCGGCCGUGCUGCUGUACCCGGCACAUCUGAAAUCCGACUUCAUCAAGACCUUCACCGAGACCGAGAGCCUGGCCGACCACCUGGGGUACGUGUUUCCGCUCCCCUGGGACAAGGGGCGGGAGUACACGUUGGUCGGUGUGGAGUGCUACAUGGAGACGGUGGCGGGCGGGCUGAUCAAGGUCGGCAAGAAGGCGCCGCUGCUGAAGGCGCUGGCGGGGGGUAGGGUCGAGGUCGUGGAUCAGGUUGUGAGGGUGUUUGUGCUGCCUAAGGAUCGGGCGGGUGCGUGGGUGGAGGAGUUCAAGAUGAAGAAGGCGGCCGAGAGGGGUGGGGGAUAG